UGAAAAAAAAAAAAAAAAAAAAAAAGGGAAAAGAAAAAAAGGAGGUCCUAUAUGAUCUUGUGUUUAUGACAAGAGAAGCAAUUAAUAAGGAUUAAACACAAAUACUAGAAACAGAAACGAAAUGGAUAGAAGGCUUGUUAAAGCAAUUGUUGAAGAUGACAUGCAGUCUUUUCACGAGCUGGUCGAAGGAGAUAAAGCAAUUCUUGAGCAGAAGACAGAAGAUAGCGUAAUUAUGGAGCUGUGUCCUGAACUGGUUGCAGCACAGGAUGGAAAAGGCGACACUCCAUUUCAUUUAGCCUGUCGCCAUUGCAAUCCUGAAAUGUUAAAGCUUUUGAUUGGUGUCAAUGUCGAAGCCGCACAUAAUAAGAUUAAUAAAAAGAACCAGACUCCACUUUUCUUGGCUUGUCGCCAUGGGCAUCUUGGGCUGGUGGAACUCCUUUUGCAGCGGCCUCAGUUGAUUCAAGUUGAUGGUUUCGAUCAGACUUGUCUUCAUGUUGCUGUUUUGCUGGAAUAUACAGAUAUUGUUGAAAUCCUGUUGAAAAAGGUCCCAAAUUUAGCCCUGAAGAUUGACAAAAAUGAAAAUUCACCACUACAUUGUGCUUGUAUCAAAGAAAACUUAAGUAUGGUGCAGCUACUAAUUGGAAAGAGUAGCAGACAAACACACAGGCUGUAUAAUAAAGAUGGAUACACAGCAUUGCACUUGGCAGUGAUGAAGGGGAAUGUUCAAUUUCUUGAAGAAUUUUGGAAAAAAGCUCCAUCCGCUUUCAAACUGCUCACCAGAGAUACUAAGCAAUCAGUUUUUCACUUAUCCGCAAAACAAAGUUCAGAAUCCGAUGAUUCUUUCGUUUUCCUACUGCAGAAAUCAAGUAUUUAUCAUCUCUUAUACUCUACAGAUGGAUUGGGUAACAGCGUCUUACAUCUCGCAUGUGAAAACAACCCCGCGAUUGCAGAGUACUUGAUCAAGGAAACGAAAAUAAAUGUGAAUGCCCUGAACAAUGAACAACUUACAGCGCUUGACAUGCUUUACCGGAACAGGUUUAAUCGAGGUAGACGCGUUAUUCAAACCUUAUUAAAUGCAGGUGGUAACAAGGGAGUACAAAUUUUAUCAAAAACCAAUGAUGUUGUUAGAGCAACGGAUGAUGAUAAACAAGUUUCCGAUUUUGAUACAAAGCCAGCGGAUGAUGACAAACAAGUGUCCGAUUUUGAUACAAAGCCAGCGGAUGAUGAUAAACAAGUGUCCGAUUUUGAUACAAAGCCAGCGGAUGAUGAUAAACAAGUGCCCGAUUUUGAUACAAAGCCAGCGGAUCAUGAAAGAGAAGCAGACAAUUUCGAUUCAGAGCCUAUCUUAUCUCCUACAAACAAUUCAUCGCAUGAAGAUCAAGAGCCUAAUUUAUCUCAUGCAAGCUAUUCAUCACCUCAACAACAUCUAGUUGGUGAAAGAAGAAGAAGAUUGAAAGCAAAACGCAAUGCUACAAAACAAAAGGACAAACGUGGCAGCACAAGGAAGAUGGACUUCACUGAAGACAUUAGUGGCCUGGAACAAAUACAUGAAGAGGCACUGCAAAAUGCGAGAAACACAAUCAUUUUAGUUGCUACUUUGAUUGCAACAGUGACUUUCACUGCUGGGAUAAGUCCUCCUGGUGGUGUUUACCAGGAAGGAAUUAUGAAAGGGAAGUCAACUCUAGCAAGAACUGCAGGUUUUAAGGUUUUUGCAAUAACUAACACUAUUGCGUUGUUCACAUCUCUUUCCAUGGUUCUUAUUCUAGUGAGGAUCAUACCCUUUCGAAGAAAAACACAGAAGAGAAUACUGAAAAUUGCAGAUAGGAUAAUGUGGUUAGCAGUGUCAUUCAUGGGAGCAGGUUACCUGGCAGCCUCAUGGGUGAUAAUGUCUCCUGUUCGAGGGACAGAAUGGAUGCCUGUCAUUGUAUUGUUAGUGGGUGCUGCUAUACUGUCAAUUACUUUUAUUGGGAUAUUGGUGAUGCUUGUUGAGCAGAAGUGGAGGAAAAAGCAAAGGAGGUCAGAGAAGAAUGGAAGGAGAGAUAUGGAUGAACGGAAACUCAAAAUGCCGGAAUCAGAUAUUGAGACUAAUUAUGAGCGAGGAUAUUACUCAUUUUGAUUGUAUUGAAAUACCCAAUUCAACAAUAAAGUCUUUCACAAAAACCCAAUACCAAGCAUUAGACUUUAAUUGUAAGGAAUAAAGCAAUUGGUUCUUGUCA